AUUCAUAUUGAUUAUUUUGUUUCUUGUACGUCGAUUAGUACGUCCAUUUAUUUAUUAUUGACAGUCUGAUAAUUUGAAAAAGGUUAAAUAUGGGAGGGAUUAUUCAACAUUCUACUAACGUAUUAAGAAGUAUUUGAUAAAGAAUUUAGCAGAACAAAGAUUCGAAGUUUAUUUGAGACCGUAGAUCAAUUAGAAGCGAGUUUAACAUUUUCCCGUAUUUUGGAAUCGGAACAAUGGCUACGAUAUUCCGCUUUAAAAGCGCAAAAAGUUGCUAUGAUCGAUGAUCUCAGGAAAGCUAAUAAACUGAAUAAAAAUAUGUUGAAUUUAUUCAGACAAAGUGUAACGGAUGUACGUAUUGGAAAUACGGAUACCUUACCGGAACCCUUGAAAAGAGAAGUACAACGGAUUUGGCACAGAAAGUACGAUGAUCUGUUGAAGCAAAACGAACGACUAAAGAAAGAAAUCAAUACAGUGAAUGCGCACGUCGAAGAGAGAAAUAAACAGAUAGAUAUACUUGAACGAAGGUUAUUGAAUAUGGCUGAAAAUUUAAUAGAACGCGAAGAAGCGAUAAAGAGAGUUUGUAUCAAGUAUUUGAAUCUCAAGAAACGUAAAGACGUGGAAGAAAUUUUAUUAAGAGGUUCGAUCGAGACCUUACAGGAUGCGCUGCAAAAGGCACGUAACUUAAAUGUCUCCAGCAAGCCCGAGAUACGCCUUUCUUUAGGCAAAGAUGCUCAAUUGGCCAUGGAGAUACGACGAAGCGAUCGCUUGGUAUACGAGAAUGCACUUUUAAGAGCGCAUUUGCAAGAGGCAAGACGUGCAUGCAAAAGCAGUAGAAGUAGUAGCGUCAUAUCUUUACAGAAGGAUUCAUUCAAAAUAAAGUAGUUUAGCUUAAACUUUUCCUUAUAUACGAUACUUGUUAGGU